ACGGGCAGCCGCGCCGUUGGCGACAUCUUGCUCAGAAGGAAAGAGCGGGGGACAGCGGGCCGUUCCUGGCUGCCGCGCAACGCGCGCUGAGGCCCGGCCGCCGCGGCAGGAAGGCGGUAGGUCGCGGGCCGCCACUCCCGGGAGACAGCUCGGAGAACCCGGUGGCCAUCCUGCAUUCCGGGCUUCCCCAGCUCUGCCUCGGCACCGCCCCGGCCUCCCGCAGCCCCCUCACCCAGCCCGCAGCCUCAGGCUUCCGAGCUCCGAAACCACCCUCCGAGGGGACCGCUACCACCACAGCCCGGGCCGCUCCGCUCUCCUCCCGGGAGCCGCCCGCCUAGGACCCAGCCAGGGCUCUCAGGACUCGGUCACAAGGCGGCGGUGGCGCGGAGCGGCGUGCACUGGGGCGCGCGGCACCAUGUCCCCGGGCAGCGGGGUGAAGAGCGAGUACAUGAAGCGCUACCGGGAGCCGCGCUGGGACGAGUACGCGCCGUGCUACCGCGAGUUGCUGCACUACCGCCUGGGCCGCCGGCUGCUGGAGCAGGCGCACGCGCCCUGGCUCUGGGACGACUGGGGUCCGGCCGGAGCCUCGGACGACUCGGCGUCGUCGGCGUCGUCGGGCGCUGGGAGCCCCGCGCCACAGUGCGCCCGGGACUCGCCGCCGCCGCCGCCGCCCGCGGAGCUCGGGGCGCGGCAGGGGCAGGAACGGAUGGCGCGCGGGGCCCCGGAGGAGCCGGCCGGCGACACGGAGGCCGGCGACGCGGAGGCCGGCGACACGGAGGACACGUCUCUGCCAGCGCUGUCCCUGGAGUUUUUGCAUUGUUGUCGCAGACCGUUGCGUAACUCCGGCUGGCGGGUUCCCUUGUCCGUGCUGGGUCCCCUCUGCUUCUUGCCCACCCACUCGUCAGAAGGCGCGCACCCUCGUGCUGCCGUUGUGUGCAGGAGGAGCAGCGGCUGGAAAAUGGCUCGCGGACAGCAGCAAGGUGCCUUGUUUGCUAGAGGAGCUGGGAAAGCCGUCAGAAGUCCGCAAAGAUCAUCAAGCAAAACAAAAGAAAAGAAGCGACCGUUUGCUCUGUAUGGGUGGGGAGAGAAGCAGAUGAAUACAGGAAGCCAAAGGACUCACAACGUCCUGGUGUCCGCCCCGCUGAGCGAGAUUCAUGAGUCAGCAUUACGAGCCAAGAACAGGAGACAGGUGGAAAAGAGGAAACUGGCUGCUCAGAGGCAGCGGGCUCACUCAGACGAUGUGGAGAAAAGCAGAAGGACCAAGCCUUUGUCUUCGGAGAACCCGUGGAUGACUGAGUACAUGAGAUGCUACUCGGCUCGAGCCUAAAGGAAAAAGCAGCUGUCUGGACAGCUUCCUUUAAGAAGUCUAAAUGCAAGAAGAACAAACAAAAAUCAUCAAAAGCAACUGGACACAGGUCUAAAGAAACCAACUGAUUAUGCCGGGUUUUUCUUAAGGAGUUUCCUAAAGGUUGCUGUUUGGAUGAACCCUCGUCACCUUCCUCAGCAGCAAGGUGACUGACAGUUGAAACCACAGACACUUGGUUAUUUAUGAAGAUAAUUCCCUAAAUCUUUGAUAUUCUUACAAGGGUUUUGUUUUAAAGCAUCUUAAUCCUUUAAGAUAUCGACACCAAAUGCCUUUAAAUGGCUAUAGAUGCUUCACACUCAGUAAUUUUUCUAUAAGUUCUAUAAAUUUUCCCAGUCUUUUCCCUCAUACCUUCCUAUUGUUUUGAAUAUUACAAAAGUACUAGUACAUGGUUAAAAUAACUUAAAAUAAAAAGA